AUGGAUUGGAAACAUCUUAGUGAAAAGCUGAAAUUACAUGAGAACGGUGUUGAGCAUAUCACUAACAUGAAUACUUGGAAUGAGGUAAGGUUGAGGCUAAGUAAGAAGGAAACAAUUGAUAGAGAUUUGCAAGAAGAGAUUGCAAGGGAGAAGAAGCGAUGGAGACAAGUUUUAAUUAGAAUUGUUGCUGCUGUGAAAUUUCUUGCUAAGCAUAAUUUGGCUUUUUGA